AUCAGUGGCGCGGCCGCGAGUGUUGAGCCUGCAGCAUCCAGCCAGCAGCCACGCCAGUCGGACUGCCACAGUGCGACGCGCCGGACGUCACCGAGUUCUCACAAGACUGACUGCAUCUCUCUUCUCCACUGGGUUCUGUCUGACAUGAAACAUGCAUCUGGAUCCAGCAACUCCAGCAGAAAGUCAGAUGUCAUCCAGAGGACUGCAUCAUUCUUUAACAUCGUGUGCAUCACCUACAUUGAACUUCUCAUCAACUGUGUACUCGUCUUUUAGUCAGGCACCACAAGAUACUGCAUCAUUCUUCAGCCUGAUUCCAGAUGCUAUUCCAGUACGCACUGCGUCUGAAGAUGUUAGAGAGGAGUGUGGACCACAGACAUGCUCAACAGCUUUACUCACACCCACACAAAACGAGUUUUUUGAACAAGAUUUCAAUGUGUCUGUAGAGGAUAAGAUGGAUUACCAUACGCCACUUUUGGACAAUACAACGACAAUUCCAUCAUUCCUCUCACAGGAAGAUUGUUCAUUAUAUCUACGUGAGCUAGUGUGCAGUGAAUUUCCUACUACCUUAAUCAAGAGCAAAAGCCCAUGUUUAAAUGACACUUCUGAUUAUUCGGUGGAUGAAGUAUCGUCCUUUUGUGAAAAUUUCUCAGUAUCAUUCGAUGGUGUAUCUCAAAUUUCAGUAAUUUCUGAUUCAGGUGUAACAGAGGUUCAUAACUAUUCUCUGGAAGACAGCAACAGUGAAACAUCGCUUCCUUGUCAAAAUGUAGAUGUACCCUCAACUUCAUCAAAACAACACAUUACCAUUGCUCCAAAUGUGCUGCAGGAGAAAAGAACUAGUUCAAAUACCCAAAGUCUUUGUGAACAAACUGUUGUUGAUGGUAUGGACAACGAAAGUACAGACUUAAAAUUUUCGUCUUGGAAUAUCCAUAAUACUGAUUCAAGAAGAACUUCCUUUUCUUUUAGAAAUGAUAGCAUAAACUUGAACAGUAUAAUUAGGCAUUCCUCUACAAGUCUUCUGGGAUCAUCAACAAUACAGGAGCACAGCAAUACAGGUGCAAUGGGCAGCUAUGGUCACUUAUCAGCAAGGAGCACUUGUAGCCCAGCAAGCCUGAGUUUCAUUUCCAACAGCAAAAAUAAUAAUUUGCCAGUAAAUGGGCACUCACAUAGUUCAGAGGCAAUGACCUUAGUAGAACAUAAGCCAUUCAACACAUGUGAAGCCCUAUCUUCAAAUCAGGUUGUUCUUCCUAAAUACAAGGGUGAAAUUCUUUCAAAUUUACUGAAUAAACAGCAACUACCUUCCUUUCAUCAAAUACAGCUGUCAGCUGACCAUUCAAAGGAUAACUAUCAUUGCCAUUAUCCAAAGAAUGGAAAUUUGCCUGAUUGCCUCAAACCCCCUCAUGAUCCUUUCCUUGGGACACUGGAAAGUGAGAAUACGUCAUUACAAAGAAUUACUUCUGAACUUGCUGAAGAUGAUGAGACAACAGCUGAAACUCUCCUUGAAUGUCGUUGGAUUGACUGCUAUGCUGUUUUUAUGGAUCAAGAAUCACUAGUCAACCAUAUUGAAAAGAGUCAUGUAGAAAUGAGGAAAGGUGAAGAUUUCUCAUGUUUCUGGCAAGGAUGUUCAAGGCGGUCAAGACCUUUUAAUGCAAGAUACAAGUUGCUGAUACAUAUGAGAGUCCACUCUGGAGAAAAACCAAACAAAUGCCCAUAUUCAGAUUGCACCAAAGCAUUUUCUCGUCUAGAAAAUCUUAAAAUUCAUCAGAGGUCUCACACAGGAGAGAGGCCUUAUUUAUGCCAAUAUGCAGGGUGCACCAAGGCUUUUAGUAACAGUUCUGACAGAGCAAAACAUCAGAGAACUCACUUUGAUACGAAACCUUAUGCAUGUCAAGUGAUUGGCUGCCCAAAACGCUACACAGAUCCAAGCUCUCUGAGGAAACAUGUGAAAAACCAUACUGAAAAAGAGAGGCUGCAGGUAAAGAAAAAGAUGACAAGUGAAGAUGGUGAUGGAAUCAGCUCUCCUCUAAAACAACCAUUCAUUGUGGCUCCCAGUUCAGAUCUACAGUUUAUGAUGGAUGUUUCAGAACAAAGGGAUUCAAAUCAACAGAGAGAUGGCAGCUUAGUAACAGAUCAACACGUAUUUACAAACAAUGUAAACCAUGAAAAUGAUGAAGAGGAUAUCACAUCAGCCACCUCACAAGAACCAUCAGAGAGCCAUAAUGGUGCAGUUCCAGAAUACAUUCCCUAUGAUUCUAUACAAAAAAUGUUGAGCGAUAAUAUAGGUUACAUUGAAACAGCCCUGCAAGAACAUCUGGAGCUAGAUGAAUCACUUAAUCACCAGUUUCUUCAGAUAACUGCUUCGCAUGAGAUGGCACAUCACUCUCACUUGACUUUUGAGGAAACAUCUUAGCACACACACACAGCAUGUUACUGAGAGACAGUAAUUUCUUACAGAUAGUGCUCUUAGACGUGUUGUGCUUUUGACAUUUACUGCAGUUUAAUGUGGUGAUGAUAAACUGGAAACUAUUUAUUUACUUCAAAAUACGUUCCUUGCCAAUUAAUUCUGGGCAAGGAUCCAGUGAGUUGUUUCUAGUACAAAAUAUUUCAGUUAUCAACUGAAAUGUGCUCCAUUGUAGAUCAUAGUGUAAAAAUAAGAUACUAAAUUAUUGGUGUAAUUUGCUACAUUAUAUUACAUUGUCAGCAACAGCACUGAAGUAAACAUGUGUGAUGUACAAAAUAUUAAAUUAGGAAGAUAAAGUGUUGGACCGUGACUACUUCCUUGUUUAAGAGGAAUACAAAAUACUAUAAUAGAAAACUAUUCCAUAAAUAUAUUAAUUGAUCUCAUAUCUUUUUGUACAUUGAUUUU